GUUGAAAAAAAGAAUUUAUUCGGAAAGUACGUAGAGACGUAAUCCGAGUGAAAAAUAAAUCUUUUCAUUUAAUUUUAAUAUAGUUAAGUGUUAUUAUCAAGUGCAAUUUACAUGGAUAAUAUUUUAAUUAGUCUGUAAUUCGUGCGAUCAAGAUGAUAAUUGAAAACCCGGACGCCUUUAAAUCAUGGCUGACUUCCAUAUUGGAGCCUCUAUGCGACGCGGACCCCGCCGCACUCGCCAAGUAUGUGUACGCGCUGGUGAAGAAGGACAAGCCGCUGGACGAGCUGCGGGACGGCAUGCUGGACCAGCUGGACGUGUUCCUGCAGCAAGAAACGAAACCGUUCGUGGACAUGCUGUUCAAAGCCCUGGAGAAUAACGAGUAUGUGAAGAUGAUGGAGAAGAGACAGCCUUCCCCCCAGCCCGAGCAGGACAUGGAGAAAGAACAGCCGGCUGAACCGGAGAAUCAUGUGAGUACCGGUGCGGGUGCGGGCCCGGGCGGCGCGACGUCGCCGCGCUCGGGCGUGCCGCGCUCGCGCUCGCCGCACGCGGGCGCGGCGCCGCGCCACCGCGUCGUGGUGUGCCGCGCCGGCGCCGGCGCCGCCAAGCUGCCGCCCCCACCACCGCCGCCGCCACUCCCGCCGCAGAGGGAGCAUACGCUUGUCAAGGUGUUACCAUUGACUGAACUUUUGGAAGAACCAGUUGAUCAGCCGCCUAGAAGGCGGGAUCGUAGAGAAAAUAUGCGCGAGGAUCGCCGCCGGCGCCGCUCGCGCUCGUGGGAGCGCCGCGCGCGCGCGCGCCGCCCGCCGCGCGACGUGCGCGAGCCCGAGCGAGACGACCGCCGACGACCGCCGUCUAGAUCACCAUCUCCCCGCGGCCGCUUCAGAAAUCGUAGUCCACCUGCCGUUCUAGACAGACCAAACACACGAUCUAGAUCCAGGUCACCGGUGCCCGUGCGUGAGAGAGAGCGCGAGCUAGAGCGGGACAGGCUGCGGCCGCGCGAGCUAGACCGAGACAGAAUGUCGCGCGACAGAGAACACAGAGACAGAGCUUCCAGAUCCAGAGACAGGGAACGGUCACGUGACCGUUCCCGCGACCGCUCGCACUCCAUGUCGCCGGCGCGUGCGCGCGAGCCGGACCACUACAAGCGCCGCUGCCGAGACUUCGACGAAAAGGGAUACUGUAUGCGAGGAGACCUCUGCCAGUGGGACCACGGCGCGGACCCUGUGGUUCUAGAAGAUGCCGCGUUGACCUCUGUACUCGCCAUGCCUCCUGUGGUACCAGAAUACAAUCCCCUGACGCCCGACAUCUGGUGCGGCGCCGGCCCCGGCGCCUACCCGCCCUACCCGCCGCCUUCACUACCGCCCAGGGAACUCAUACCCAUACCCAGAUUACACGCGGCACCGCCCGGGCCGCCGCCGGGCCCCAUGCGGCCGCCGGCGCCCAACAAGAAAAACUUCGACUACAACCGCCUCGGCGGCAGAAUGCCACCGCGAGCCCCGAACUCUGGCGCGAACUGCUCAUUGGAAGUGAAGAAGGUCCCCCGAGGUCUCAACGACAUCACGCAUCUGAACAACCACUUUGGGAAAUUCGGCAAAAUUGUCAACAUACAGGUGUGCUUCGAGGGCGACCCAGAGGGCGCUCUGAUAACGUUCUCAAACCACACGGAGGCCAACGUGGCCUACAAGAGCACGGAGGCCGUGCUCAACAACAGAUUCAUCAAGGUGUUCUGGCACAACCCUGAGAAUAAACAAGAGAACGCUUCGCCCGGCGGACAACAGAAGCCGGCCAACAAACAACAACCAACAUCACACAACAAGGUGCUCAUCAACAAGGAGAACAUGAAGGCCACCGCUGACAACAAGCAGGCGCAGGCCGCCGCUGAAAAGGCGAAAGAAGCGGUCGCCGUAGCCAACGGCGCCGAGAAGAAGAAAGAGGCGCCCAAACCGAUAGAGAAGAGCAAACAAGUGAUGGAAAUGCACAAACGCGCGCAGGCGUUGUUGGAGACACAGUUACAACAGCAAGUUUUACUCAUACAACGGUUAGAAGGAGGCAACGUGACCGGGCCGCAGAGGGCGGCACUGAUGGAAGCCAUCAACUCCGCUCAGGAAGGCAUCGAGAAGCUACGGAAGGAGUUAGUGGCGUACAACAGGACGCUCAGACAGAUGCAGGAAGAGACGGUCGCGCGCUCCCUCUCGCGGCUGCAACUGGCUCAGGCGAACGCUAAAAAACCAAAGACUAGAGAAGAGGCGCAGAAAGAGAUCCUAGAUGCAGAGUUGGACAUGUUCACCAAACAGCAGGAGGGGCAGGACGUGACGGACAUACAGAAGAGGAUCGCGGAGCUGCGCCGACAGAUGGCGCUGCAGUUCCCCGUGCACCCCGCCACGCGCCGCCCACACUCGAGGGGCGGCCGGUUCAACAGCGCGUCACGCUUCACCCGCGCGCCGCCCGCCUUCGUCAACCACAACCAGUCCGUCGACCACCGGCCUAGGGCGCUGCUCAUCAGCGGCUUCGAGAGUGACGAUUCUGAGGCCCUAAUACAGCAUUUUGCGCAAUUCGGCGAGAUAGUCUCUAAGGAGCUGAACCCGACGGUUCCCGAGCUGGUGUUAGUGUACGCUGCGCGCGCGCACGCCGAGCAGGCCGCGCAGCAGGGACGCCACUACAACGACCGCACGCUCCAGAGCCAUAAGGAGCUGAAUCCGACGGUGUCCGAGCUGGUGUUAGUGUACGCUGCGCGCGCGCACGCCGAGCAGGCCGCGCAGCAGGGCCGCCACUACAACGACCGCACGCUCCAGAUCACGUGGGUGGCCAACCCGAAGACGUUCGCGGCCGCGCGCGCCCCGGAGCCCGCGCCGCGCGUCGACGCGCAGCCCGACACGGACAACGGACACGAGCAAUCGGUGGGCGCGACGGUGGACUCGCUGCUGCGUUUCGACGACGACGACGAGGAGGACGGCGACCGCUCCUGGCGACGUUGACCCCGAGCCGGCUGGCGGCCAGCCAGGACACUCUAGUCUAGAUCUAGACCUAGCCCUAACAUAGCCAUACACUAAAUUAUACACUAAAAUAACCAACGAGAUGAGAGCGAGCUGGCAGACUCUGCCCUAGCCUUAACCUUUUGAACGCCACUGACCGAUAUAUCCGCACCGUAAGUCCAACGCCAAAGACCGAUUAAUCGGUCACAGACCACAGAGCAACACAGACCUACGUGCAUAUGCAUAAAGUUCAAUUUCAGUUUUGACAUUUCGGUGACAGCUUUUGUGUUUGACACGUCGUCGAAAAGGUUAAACUGUAAGACCAACGUGACGAAAUCUAACCAUUAGGGAGUUACACCACAAACCAACGCUCUAGCCGUAGCAGCUAGCCAUGGACUAAACUAUACCAUUUACACCAUAAACAGUAGCCGAACCAUAGACUAAACCAGGGGCCUCCCUGGGUUGAAUCCCUGAUUCCGCGGGCCGGAGUGUAACGCUGUCGGCGGGCCGGAUUGCACUUGCACUCCAGGAGUGCCGGCAGAAGUGAAAACUCAAUGACAUUGUAACAGAUUUUCGAUCAGGUGUCCGUCUUACGAAUCUUAGGGUCACGUGACCUGUCGCGAGUUUAACAUUUUUUCCCCAUCACAAAAAGUGCACAGCGCCGCUAGAAGUGUUCACUUGAAAAAUCAUACGGGAUAUAUACGAGUAGGUAUCCUAACCACCUAAUCGCUAAAUCUAAAAUCUACAUCCAUUUUGAAUGAAUAGUCCUAACUAAAAAAAACGCGUGAAACUUUUUAUAUUUCCACCGGUGUAAAUUAGUGCUUUUGAUAUUUAUGUUUAGAUUUAAUUAUAUUUAAACCUGGCCAUUUUGAUUUAGAUGAAGUGUAAACUAAAUUGUAUAUGAAAAAAUAUACUAAAACUGUUAUUAGCAUUUGAAAACAUUGGUUUCUUAUAUUUACCAGGGGCCAGUUUCUCGAAAGCUUGUAACUAGUAAUGUUACAAGCUUUCAAUACAAGCGGAUGUCACAUUUUGACAGCUUUUGUUAGAAAUGGACUUCUACUUGUAAUACAAGUUAUAAGCUUUUGAGAAACGGUUAAUUCUUAAAUAAAACCUUAUAGUCAUAGGUAAUAACAGUAAAUAAUUAUACAGGGUGUUACUGACCAUCGGGCUUUAAAUCCAGGGCUCGAUUCUACUCGCUAAACUGAGCUACUUUUAUUAUGGCACCAACCCCGAAAUCCCGAAAAAAAUUUUUACUUUUUCAUACAUUUUGGCUGAUUAGAUGUCGACGUUUUCUAUGGAAAAGCCAUAAAAAUUUCCCCGAUUUUAGGGUUGGUCCCAUAGUAAAAGUACAUAGCUCAGUUUAGCGAGUAAAAUCAAGUCCUGGAAUUAAAGCCCCAUGGUCAGACACAUACUGUAUAAAUGACAAAAUAUUAUUCGCAUAUAACAAAUAACGUAACAAAAGCAAUAUAAUAUACAAUGAACUUUUUUAAAUCUAAAUUUAUAUGUGUAUAUAUUACAUAUUACAUGCCGCUGCAAAAACUAUAAAUAUCGCAGAUUACAAAAUAACAAUUCAAACUACACCCAAAAGUCCUAAGAUUACGAUUGUAUCUUGUCCUUUUAAAAGCACAUCGGGACUUAAUAGGUUAUACUGAACUGCCCCAAAUAGGUUGUGUUAUAAGAAACUAUUCAAACACCAAAAUGGAAGCAAUAUAGUACAUUCUUACGCUUUUUCAUAUAAUUCAUAUACAGUUAAAAAAAAAAUCUAAAUAUACAUUACCUGGCAAGGAGAUAGUAUAUACAUGGAACUUUUUAAGCUGACCGACCACUUGAGAGAUUGUUUAUCCACUUGACCGUCCGACGAUAGCAUAGUGUCCGAAAAAAAAUAUGCUCUUAACCGUCCGCGGGAACCUUACUAUCCAAAGGGGUGGAAGCAAGAAUUGAUUUCAGAGCCAUCUAACGGAAUAUUUCGGCAUUAUUUACUAAUUCUCUUGAUGCGACAACGUAGCCUAACUAAGUAGUAAGCUCUAAAAAAAUUUCGAUGGCAGUGUUGUUAUAAUUUUUGUAGAAAGUUGUGAAUGCACUGCGCGGGGCGUGUGUCGCUAAAAAAACCCGGACGGUUGACAGGAAAACAGUCUCGCGGGCCGGACGGUUGAGUGGUUAUCAUUAGUCCUAAAACUAAAUAAGUUAACUUUUCAGGAUUUUCGUAAGUUUAUCUUAUAGAUAGGUUACGUUUGCUUUAAGGCAAUCCUGAAAAGCUACGCGUUUCUGAACUAAAAAUAUUGUGACUAACGAAAAUACGGACAAACAAUACAUUAUGACUUCAAACUGUUAAAUUAAUAAUACCCACUCACAUGAUCAUGCAACUGUAGUUGCGAGCUGUCACCCUUAUUUUCACAUAAUAAUAGAGGUCACUGAAAAAUAUCAAUCAUGUGAGUGGAUACAAACAUCUGGGCUAACCAAGCUAAAAUCACUAAGGCUCACUUGCACCAUUCCACUAACCUGGGGUUAACCGGUUGAACCUGGAGUUACCUUGAUUACCAGUACAAUUUGACACUGGGUUAACGGUUUGACCGCUUAGCCCCGGGCUGUUGAGAUGGUGCAUGCGGGCCUAAUAGUAUUAGCCUGCAUGGCCUCUAGUUACUACUAUAAUCUAAUGCCGUAUUUCAGUCCUUGCUCUCACGGAAUAACAUACGAGACAUACGCGUACAUGUAACUAUAGGAUUAUCCUUUAAAAGUACAAAUUUAAUAAAACAAAUACGAUCGGUUCUUUUAGUACAGUCGCCAUCAGAUAUAUCGGAGCGGCCAAGGUGUUCACAAUAUCUGAACGCGCACUCUAACGCCUUGACAAUAG